AUGUCUCCUCCUCCAUCAGCGAAGGCUGCUGCUGCACCUGCUGCUGCAGCACAAGCAGCAGGAGGUGCAAAGCAGAGGGGCCCCCGUGGGGCCCCAUCAGGUAUAUCCCCUAAGAAUAGGAAGCACGAAGGAGGGGAAGAAGAGCAGACACCAGGAGAAUCAGCAGCAGCAGCAAUAAUAGAUCUACUUAUUGCUGCUGGUGCUGCUCUCCUUAAUAAAAGAGCAGCAGAUAGGCAGUGUCUCUCUUUUGCUGCUGCUGCAGCAACACAUUGUCUCCUUAAUCUUAUACGUAUCUCUCAAGUUACUAUUGACCCAGGGGAGCCAACUACUGUACCCUAUGCGGGGGGCCCCCAGGGGGCCCCCAUAGGUGGGGGGGCCCCCAUAGGUGGAGGCCCCCAAGGUGGGGGGCCCCCUGUAGUAACUGGAUGGGAAACAGUAACAAUGCCGUUACCCGGUACCCAAGAUAGUUGGGCCCCUGGCUGCUGCGGCAUAAAGACGCUAACAGAGGAGCAGCAGCAGCAGCUAGCAGCAGCAGAUAAGGAGAGGGAAGCAGCAGCAGCAAGAAAGGGGGCCCUUAUUCGUAAGAGAGGUAUGGUUAUGCUUGCUGCUGCUAAGACACAACCUAUACAACGACCACCACCAGCAGCAGCAGCAGCAGCAGCAGCAGCAGCAGCAGCAGGUGGUGGUGGUGGUGCAGGAGGUGCAGCAACAGGAGGAGGAGGAGCAGCAGCUGCUGCUGCUAGGAGACGUGCUGCACCGCAAGGGCAAGAGAACAAACAGACAAAGGCAGCAGCAGCAGCAGCAGCAGCAGCAGAAGCAGCAACAGCAGCAGCAGCACCAACAGCAAGCAGCAGCAGCAAAGUAAAUAGCAGCAAAUAA